ACCAUCUUCGGUGUUGACGACGACUCCAAAACAGUUAGCGGUUGUUGAUAGCACAUUUGUUAUACUAAAUAUACAAUCAUGGCUAUGCAAGCAGCUAAACGAGCUAAUAUUCGAUUACCACCAGAAGUCAACAGAAUACUCUACAUUAGAAACCUACCAUACAAGAUCACAGCUGAAGAAAUGUACGACAUCUUUGGGAAAUAUGGACCAAUACGGCAGAUUCGAACUGGAAACACACCUGAAUCAAGAGGGACCGCUUACGUGGUCUACGAGGACAUCUUUGAUGCCAAGAACGCUUGUGAUCACCUGUCUGGAUUCAAUGUCUGCAACAGAUAUCUUGUUGUUUUGUACUACAAUGCCAACAGGGCUUUCCAGAAGAUGGACACAAAGAAGAAAGAGGAGCAGCUGAAACUUCUGAAGGAGAAAUAUGGAAUCAACACAGACCCCCCGAAAUAGACUCGCCUCUUUUUUUUUCUUGGCCGUUGUUUUUAUUUAGCACAGAAUGGGCUUUUAACAACUGUACAAAUUCACUUGUUGCUUGUGGAUGCCAGAUUGUUGGACUCCUGUAAUGCUUGUGUUAAAAACAAAUUAUGGAACAAUAUUGUGCUGUCACGCAUAUACUUUUAUAAUUUGUUGAUGUAAGUGUUUAUUUGAAAAUUAGGGAUGCCUUUUGACAGGCUUGUUUUUUUUCGUGGUGGUGUUUUAGGAAACGUUUUUGUAAUGUAAAUGCAUCCCAGAAUAGUUUCACAUUAUUUGAAAUAAAUUUAUUUCUGUAAAAUAAACUGUCCUUUUAUAAAAAAAAAUAUAUAUAUAUUCUUCAUGAAUGCACUUUUUCUAUUAAUGUAGUCAAAAGGGUGUAUUUGGUUCCAUGUACCUUGCACAUAAUGACUUACAUCAAGCUCCUGGAUGUGUGUUUUAUUAUUUUUAUCGCUGUUGCAGUUAAAGCCGAAUGUUUCUGCACACCAAUGUGGACUGGGGCAGGCAUUAAAUGUAUAGAAACAUUGUAUUUUCAGUACAGUUUAAACCAAUAGGGCAGUACAUAAUUACCAUUCUUUUUUAUACUGCAAACACAAUACAUUUGUAGCUUCACAGCUUCCUUUGUGUACUAUAUUUGUUCAGCUAUAUUUUAUUACAUUUCUCUGAAUACUUUUUUAUUCCCUAUAUUGGGUGAUGACAAAGUGCUGUAAUUUAAUAAUAAACAGAUAUACAUAAACAUGUUAAGG